AUGCCUCCCCUCGUCUCGUCGUUAGCCCUCCGCACCCUGCGGACGCUCGUCCAGCGCCCCGCGCUCUCCCGUGCUGCCGUCGCCGUCCCCAAACCGACCCCGACGCCCCGACGCUUCCAGCCGGUGCUCCGCACGCCGACCGCCAUCACCGGCGCCACGACGGCCGCCAUCCGCCAGUUCUCGACGUCGCCGUUCCGCCAGGCGACGUACAACCAGGUGCGGCGCGGGUGCCGGGUUGCGCAGCGGGCGCGGCGCUCGCGGUCGCCGGCGCUCGUCGGCCGCCCCGAGAUGAAGGGCGUGUGUCUGAAGACGGGUAUCACGAAGCCCAAGAAGCCGAACUCCGGGGAGCGGAAGACGGCUCGUGUGCGGUUGAGCAGUGGGAAGAUUGUUACGGCGUAUAUUCCGGGUGAAGGCCACAAUGUUCAGCAGCACAGCGUGGUUAUGGUCCGCGGUGGUCGUGCGCCGGAUUGUCCCGGUGUGAAGUAUCAUCUGGUUCGGGGGGCGAUGGAUCUGGGUGGUGUUGCCAACCGGUUGACAAGUCGGUCGAAGUACGGAACGAAGAAGCCCAAGAGGGAUUAG